AUGAAGAACGAGCUGAAUAGGAAUUACACAGAAGUGACUGAGUUUAUUCUUCUAGGAUUCAGAACCCCUCCAAAGCUACAGAUCCUUUUAUUCUUAGUGUUUCUGAUGAUUUACAUGGUAAUCGUGGUGGGAAAUAUCAGCAUGAUAAUUGUCAUUAAUAUGGACUCCAGACUUCAAACGCCUAUGUAUUUCUUCCUUAGAAAUUUGUCCUAUUUAGAUCUGUGCUAUUCCACAGUCAUUGCUCCUAAAACUUUAGCCAACUUUUUGACUAAUGAAAAGAAAAUUUCAUACCAUAGCUGUGCAGCCCAGUUUUUCUUCUUUGCCCUGUUCGUCACAACUGAAGGCUUUCUUCUGGCCGUAAUGGCAUUUGAUCGAUUCUCAGCCAUUUGCUCUCCACUUCUUUACCCUGUGCAAAUGUCCCAGAAAGUCUGUGUUCAGCUGGUAACUGGAUCCUAUAUGUGUGGGGGCAUUAAUUCCAUAGUACAAACAGGGUUCACGUUCAGUUUGCGCUUUUGUGGAGAAAACAGACUGGACCACUUUUUCUGUGAUGUCCCUGCCUUGAUCAAGAUCUCAUGUGUUGACACCUUUGUGAAUGAGAUUGUGCUGUUUAUUCUCUCUGCUCUCAUCAUCAUCACCACCACGACUGUCAUUCUGAUUUCCUAUGCUUACAUCCUCUCCACUGUCCUGAAGAUCCCCUCCACCCAUGGCAGGAAUAAGACCUUCUCUACUUGUGGCUCCCAUAUAGCAGUGGUGAGUUUAUUCUAUGGAACUGUGUUCUUCAUGUAUGCUCAACCUGGGGCCAUCUCCUCACCAGAACAAAAUAAGAUUGUGGCUGUGUUCUACACACUUAUAAUACCAAUGCUAAACCCUCUAAUAUACAGUCUGAGAAACAGAGAUGUGAAAGAUGCUGUGAGAAGAAUAUGUGGGAAAUGGUCUUCUCCAUGUUAUAUAUAA